GCAAAAUCCAUUUUGGCAUUGCUAACAGCUCGUUUACGAGUGUUGGGAGUAUAACAAACACAUUGGUCCAUUUCACGCUUAGGGUCUCCCUAUCUCUCUUCUUCAAGCUCUUUCCUGUUUGAAUCAAACCAUAUAUUGGUCAUCCAUUUCAGGCCUCAAGUUCCUCUGAUGGAGAACAUUCAAGAACAACCACAACAACAACAAGAGGGUGUUAUGAAAUCUUCAAGAUUCAAGCGUGUCUGUGUUUUCUGUGGUAGCAGUCCUGGAAAGAACCCAAGUUACCAGCUUGCUGCUGUAGAACUUGGAAAGCAGCUGGUUGAAAGAAACAUUGACUUGGUUUAUGGAGGAGGGAGCAUUGGUUUGAUGGGGCAGGUCUCAAAAGCUGUAUAUGAUGGUGGUCGGCACGUGUUAGGAGUAAUGCCCCUAACUCUCAUGCCAAGAGAGAUCACUGGAGAUCCUGUGGGAGAAGUAAGAGCUGUAUCUGGUAUGCACCAGCGCAAAGCGGAAAUGGCUCGUCAAGCCGAUGCCUUUGUUGCCUUGCCAGGAGGCUAUGGUACCUUAGAAGAACUCUUGGAAGUGAUCGCUUGGGCUCAGUUGGGAAUUCAUCAUAAACCAGUGGGGUUGUUAAAUGUAGAUGGGUACUACAACUUUCUCCUGACCUUCAUAGACAAUUCUGUGAAUGAAGGUUUCAUUGACCCUUCAGCUAGGCACAUUAUUGUGUCUGCCCCGACUGCGCAUGAACUUAUGUGCAAACUUGAGGAAUAUACUCCCAAGCAUUCUGGGCUGAGUUGGGAGAAGGAGCAACUGGAAUACACUGCAAAGUCAGACAUUGCUCGUUGACAAAGAAGAGGAAGAUCCGACCAUUCCUCAUCAAGUUGAAGUUGAAUUGUAAACAUAAUACACGGCAAUGCCAAUGUCGUGGAGGAUUUAUAACCCUAGAUUACAGCAGGUUUCUCUAAACUACACUAAACCAGUCAACUCUUGUAGAUCAGAUGCGAGCUCCAUUAGACUAAGUAGUAGUAGUGCCUACCUAUACAGUUGUUUUAAUUAGCUGUGAAUCAUGCUUCAUUUGAAUUUCGUUUUUAUUAAUUUCCCCCUUUGUUUAGUUUGUCAAUUUAGAAUCUGACCUGGAUCACUACGGCAGUGAUUUCAUUUACUAGUUCCUCGUGUCGGUGAUUCAUCAUCUUGUAUAUUUAAGCAAAACUUAUUCCGUGUAGUUGAUGGGCUGUUGCAAGUUGUUUUGCACAAGAA